CACACACACACACGCUGGCGCGUUCACUGCAGCUCUGUGGAGCAAGAGAGAGUCUGCGUUGCUCUCAUCUGCUGCGGUUCACGAUCGUCUACACCAGCCGUGAUUCAUGAGCAAGCGUUCAGGAGGAAAGGAGUACAUCUCUCACUCAUCAUGGCCUCUGUAUCGGAGUUUUACGCGGGGAAGAACGUUCUGAUCACGGGUGCCACUGGCUUCAUUGGGAAGGUGCUGAUGGAGAAACUCCUGCGCUCGUGCCCGGACGUCAACGGCAUUUACAUUCUCGUGCGGCCAAAGGCGGGCCAGUCCAUGCAAGAUCGCGUUCAAGACAUGAUGAAGUGUAAGUUGUUUGAUCGUGUGCGUGAAGAUCAUCCGGAGUUUCGUGAGAAGAUCAUUCCCAUCAGCAGUGAGCUCACGCAGCCGGAGCUGGCCAUCAGUCCAGAGGACGUUCAGAAACUCGCUUCCUGUAUCAAUAUCGUCUUCCACUGUGCCGCCACCAUCCGCUUUGACGAACCGCUCAAGCAUGCGUUGCAGCUGAACGUCAUCGCCACGCAGCAGCUCCUCUCUCUGGCGCAGCAGAUGCAGCACCUGCAGGCGUUCAUCCACAUCUCCACCGCAUACGCCAACUGCAACCGCAGACACAUCGACGAGGUCGUCUACCCUCCGCCCGUCGACCCCAAGAAACUCAUCGACUCGCUGGAUUGGAUGGAUGACAGUAUCGUCAGUGACAUCACACCGCGACUGAUAGGCGACCGACCCAACACGUACACCUACACCAAGGCGCUGGCGGAGUGUGUGGUGCAGCAGGAGAGCGGCAAACUCAACAUCGGCAUCAUCCGACCAUCCAUCGUUGGGGCCAGCUGGCAGGAGCCCUUUCCAGGCUGGAUAGACAACUUCAACGGACCAAGUGGCAUCUUCAUUGCUGCAGGGAAGGGAAUUCUGCGCACCAUGAGAGCUAGUAAUGACGCAGUGGCGGAUCUGAUUCCUGUCGACGUGGUUAUAAACCUGACGCUGGCUGCUGGGUGGUAUACCGCGGUACACAGACCAAAAACUGCACUAGUGUACAACUGCACAACUGGCGGCAUUAACCCCUUUCACUGGGGCGAGAUCGAGCAUCACGUGAUAUCAACAUUCAAAAGGAAUCCUCUGGAACAGGCCUUCCGUCGGCCAAAUGCCAACAUCACCUCCAAUUACCUGAUCAACCAGUACUGGAUCUUCGUCAGUCACAAGUUUCCCGCCCUCAUCUACGACCUCUUCCUGCGACUGUCUGGACAGAAACCACAAAUGAUGCGGAUUUUCAACCGGCUGCACAAAGCGAUCGGACUACUGGAAUACUUCAGCAGUCAGGACUGGGAAUGGAAAUCAGACAACGUGACGAUGCUGAUGAGUCAAAUGAGUCCAGAAGACAGGAAGACCUUCAACUUUGACGUUCGUCAGCUGAACUGGCCGGAGUACAUCGAAAAUUACUGUAUCGGCACCAAGAAGUACGUUCUGAACGAAGACAUGUCCGAAAUUCCUGCUGCCAGACAACACUUGCGGAAGCUGAGAAACAUUCGAUACACGUUCAACACAGUGUUGCUGGUGUUCAUCUGGCGAGUCUUCAUCGCACGCUCGCAGAUGGCUCGAAACAUCUGGUACUUCGUUGUGAGUUUGUGCUUCAAGUUCCUGUCGUACUUCAGAGCGUCGAGCACGCUGACCCAAUGACCCCAAACCACAGGAUGUGUGUAACCCCCUGUACAAGAGAGGUGUAUUCAGCCUUUGACGCACACACACGAUCCACACUGAUGCUUCUUUAGCUCUCCUCACCGGUCACUUGUCCCACCUUAAUGCCCUCUUAUUGACAAGUGCUCUAUUUUUAAAGGUGCCCUCUUUUAUAACGACGUACUUAAUACCAAUUAUAUAUGCAACACGAUUUACAGUUUCUUCAUGUUUUAUCGGCAUCCAAAGUCUGAGACGUUGCCUUUUGUGUCUUUUGAUUAUUUUGAUUAUUUUAGCCUUCAUGGAAGAUUACUAGCAAGUGAACUUUGAGGUAUAUUUGACUUGCCAAUGAAAAGCUCGGCGUGUGUGUUUGUGUCUUUUGUCUGUUUGUUUUUCCGUUCUAAGGUGUCUAAUCUGUUCUGAUAUCAUGUAAUCAAGCCACAGAACACUUUUACUCUGGGUCAGGUUUCUUUUUUGUGUUGUUGUUAUGAGUUAUUACAGUUAUAUGUCCAUUAUUUUACAUGUCCAGGUCAUAUUUCAACCUGAAAUCAAAAGGGAAAAAAAUUGCAUGAAGAAAAUGAAACCUUUUAAGACAAUUAAGAUUAUUUACUUGAUCCUAAAAAUAGAUUUCUUCACUCAAAAAAAUAUUUUUAGAUUUAUGCAUUUAAAUUGGUAUUUGUAAGUUUUAUUCAUUUAUUUUGUAAACUUUUUUUAAUUCAAUUUGAUGGAAUUUUGUGAAGAAAUGUAAAUCUCUAAAUCUUACAAUUAGGCUAAAUGUAUUAUUAUAAUAAUUAUAAAUUGAGAGUUUUCAGUCCUAAAAAAAACUUUUCACUCAAAACAAAUAUUUUUAAAUGUACCCAUUUUAAUUUCAUCACCAAAGUGUCAUCAAAUUGAAUUUAGUAAUAUUUAGAAUAGAGUAAUGUUUAAUAAAUAGAUUAUUUUUGUUUAACACUACACAAUUCUGUUUUAUGGAUUUUUGUUAUAUAAAAUUUAAAUAUGUAAAUCUUAAAAAUAGACAAAAAUAUUUUUUUGGGGUGUCGGUCCAAACAAUAACCUUUUAACCAUUUUCUUUGUGGAAAAUAAAAAAAAAUUUGGGGGGGUGAAAUAUGACCUUGACAUGUUCUUGACAGGUUUCUUGAUAUAUAAAUUUUUCAACUAUUUUUUCAAGAUCAUAAAAGUUCAUAAGAAACAUUCACAAGUAUAUAAAUAUAUUAGUUUUCAGAUUAAGUCAAGUCAUUAUAUGCAUACCAAAAAUUUUACAAAUGUAUACACGUGUACGAGGGUGAAUCAAAUGUCUGGUUAGACCGGCUAUUUCCAAAAAUGGGCUUCCCGUAUUUUUUAAAGAAAAAGGUAAAAAAUGAAGAAAAAAUAUUCAGAGGUACUGUUUAUUAUGAAGCGAUGAGUCCUGGUUUCAAUAUCUUUUUAUGAACUACUAGUUAAAGUGUCCUAUAUAGAAAUAAAAGGGACCGUUUUUGUAAUCUCUGACCAAACUUCAGACUUAUUAAGUCAACAUGAAAUCAAAAUCGACCUUGUUUACUGUCUGAACGCACAUUCCUGGUGUUAUUGUGAACGGUUCCAUCCGUGCAUGUUGUUUUACAGAAAAUAAUGUUAUCUUCGUAAUCUGUCCUCCUUCCUUCUCGGAUGACAUCAUUAAUAGCUCAUUCAUUUUCCACCAAUUGGGUGCCGCACUUUAUUCUCAUUGAAUUUCCUUUGACUCCGCAAUACAUCACAUUAAUGGAGUCAAAUGGGUUUCUAUGUUGACUUUAACAUCACUCCUCAUAACAAGAGGAAGUUUUGCCACCUCCAAACUAAAAGAAACACAGUUUAUGCAUUUCAUAAGGGAACGCCCCUCAAAAAUAUGUAAAAAGUUCUGGUAGUGUUCGAACGUCUGUAUGGUUCUCCCUUUCUAGAUACACGUUUGCUAAUCUGUUAUUGGUAACAACGUUGCUUAAUUUCUGAAACAAGUUUAUUUACAUUUGCUGUUUAAAGCUUUGUGAGAUAAACUAAAAAAAUAGUAUUUAUCAAGUUUUCGACAAUAUUCAAUUUUAAAACUCAUACGAUUUUACAGCAUCCGGUUGGCAUGAUUAAUUAACACUAUUUGGACAGUUUCAUAUGAGUCCUGCUCUGGUGGGGUUAUUAACUAGAUAAACAACAGGCAGGACUUUCAACAAAGGUUUUCUACACUGUCCUCUGGUGGUCUGUUGCCAAAUUGUAUUUUUAGAUUCUGGUGUUUUCUAUGUUUCGUGCACAAUGUUCAUCAUCGACAACAGCACGUCUUCCUCAGUUUAAUGGUGAGUCUUUUGAUCAACAGGUCAAAGGUCAUUUUACAUGCAAGAAGGGAAGCUUGUGUUAUUCUGCGCGUUCAUAUUAGAAACAUAGAAACACGAAUAGAGCAUUCCAGGACAUGAAAUACACAGCCAUGUUUUCUACUAUAACGAAGCACCUUAUGUCUUAAUAAUGAACACCCCUCGUUUUUAGCACAGCUCUACUGCCAACGUGUUAUCUACAAUCUGUUUAUGCUCUCCCACAGAGACGAAACAUGUUUUUACGACAUGAUUCGUGUUGUACGUGGAGUAUUACCUAGAGCAGUGGUUCUCAAUUGGUUUUACAUUGGACCUCAAGUUGCAACUCAACUUUUAGGAGUACAAAAAGUUGCGUUCAAUCUUUUGAAUAUAGCAGUGUGUCCCCCUGCUGUCUGUGACUCUAUCAGGACAGACCUGUCAGCCAUUAUUGGGUCAGUGCUAGUGAGAAGCACUAAUCUGGACUAUUCUGCAGUACCAAAGCUAUUGAGUUACAUUGGGUUAUUGAAGAUGCACUGCUGUAACCCCAGAGUCUACUGUGAGGCCAUGAGUGGAAAAACGUGUUUUUAUGAAAAACUUUCCCCUAUACUGAAAAUGUUUCUUCUCCCUUGUAACAAGUGCAUGUUUGGUUUUUACAUACAGGAUUUACACAACAAUGACAGUUGCUAACAUGGAUUAUGACCUUCCUCUACUCACCAUUUGUCUUUGGUCUAAACUUUGUGCUAUCAAACUUGUCAAGUUGAGAUCCUUGAAUAAAAA